UAAGCAAAGCUGUGUGUGGUGGACCUAACCCUUCACGCUGUCCCGAAAAAGACUCAUUUUCUCUCUUCCUCUUUUUCAUUCUCUACUCUGUUUUUUUCUUUUGUUCUCUCUCAAUCAUAGCAUUUCUUUUUGGAAAUACAGAGCAAAGAAAGGAAAAAAAAAUUGUUUUUUUGGGAGGAAGAGAUGGGAAAUUGUCAGGCGGUUGAUGCGGCGGCGUUAGUUCUACAACAUCCCGACGGCAAAAUCGAUAGAUAUUACGGUCCUGUCUCCGUCGCCGAAAUCAUGCGUAUGCAUCCUGGUCACUACGUUUCACUUAUUAUUCCUUUGCCGGAGACGAAUAUUCCGGCGAAUACGACGACGGAGACGGAUGAUAAGAGUCAGAGAAGGGUCGUGAGGUUCACGCGCGUGAAACUUCUUCGACCAACGGAGAAUCUCGUUCUUGGUCAUGCUUACCGUCUUAUCACUUCACAAGAGGUUAUGAAGGUAUUAAGAGCGAAGAAGUAUGCAAAGACAAAGAAGCAUCAGAGUGAAACGACUAAAGAGAAGAAGAAGCCAUCGCUGGAGAAGAAAGUUGCUGAAGAAUCUGACAAGAAUCAGAAUCAUAUGGAAACGAAAGAAGAGAAACAACGUUCAGUGUUAACGAAUUCAGCUUCGUCGAAAUCAAAAACAUGGAGGCCAUCAUUGCAGAGCAUCUCUGAAGCUACGAGUUGAUUUUUUUUUUUUUUUACUUGAGGGGCAAGAAACAGAGUCUCUGUGUGAGAUCAUCAGAAGAAGAAAAGAGAUAUAAACAUUUCUCUCUGAAUAAACUCUUUUUCUUCUCUUGUGUUCUUCUCUGGUUAUUACGUAGGAGAUGAAAUUUUAUAGAUUAAGAUGUAAAAAACCUAAGCAGAGAUUAAGAACUGAGUCCCUUUUUUUGUCUCGUCAAUGUAUAUAAGUUCUUCAGGUGAAGAAGUCGAUCGGAAAAAGAUUGUAAAAGCAGAUGUUUUUGUUGGUGUUUAGAAGGAAUAGAGCUUUGUGUUACAAUUAAA